AUGACUAUACCAAAGCCAGUUACUCUUGGAGUACUUGCCCUCCAAGGCGCAUUCAGAGAACACAUCAACUACUUCAAAUCUGUUAUCGAACAAGAUGAAGAAAAAUAUUCAAAUUAUUCUAUUAACAUCAUUGCAGUUCGAACUAAAGAAGAUCUCGACAAAUGCGACUCAUUGGUGAUACCAGGUGGUGAAAGUAGCUCUAUGUCAUACAUAGCAGAAAGAACAAACUUGCUUCCACAUUUAUGCAAAUUCGUUUCUAAUGAGUCAAAGUCUAUCUGGGGUACAUGUGCAGGGUUGAUCUUUCUCGCAAAGGAGAUUGAGAAUGCUGUGGAAAACCAAACGUGCUUAGGAGGUUUGGACAUUCAGGUUAGUAGGAAUGCAUUUGGUCGACAAGUUGAUUCAUUUGAACAAAAGUUGGAUUUUAGUGGAUUCAUACCAGGAUGCGAUAGCUUCCCCACCAUUUUUAUACGUGCUCCAGUUGUGACCAAGAUUUUGCCCAACGGGGCAGAAAGUGGAUCGUCACCAAAUAAGAUUGUGAGAUCGAAGAGCAAUUACCACAAUAAAGCACCGGUGGAAGUUUUGUAUAAAUUGCACAACUACGAUGGGAAGGAGAAUGAGCUUAUUGUAGCUGUAAGACAGGGUCGUAUACUCGGUACUUCAUUUCACCCUGAGUUAUCAGACGACAAUAGGUUCCAUCAAUGGUUUAUAGAUGAGUUUGUGUUAUAA